AUGGACGUGACCCCAGGCGAUCUCGACGCUCCGCACUCUAUGGGUACAACAAUCAUCGGCGUCACUUACAACGGCGGCGUCGUCCUUGGCGCGGACUCACGCACUAGCACCGGGAUGUAUGUCGCCAAUAGAGCAUCAGAUAAGAUCACCCAGUUGACAGAUAAUGUCUAUGUCUGCAGAUCCGGCUCGGCAGCGGAUUCGCAGAUUGUAUCAGAUUAUGUGCGUUACUACCUUCAUCAGCACACGAUACAACUUGGGCAGCCUGCUACCGUGAAGGUUGCUGCAAACCUUGUCAGAUUGUUGGCAUACAAUAACAAGAAUAACCUCCAAACUGGUCUGAUCAUUGGUGGAUGGGAUAAGUAUGAAGGGGGUAAAAUCUAUGGAGUACCACUGGGAGGAACAGUUUUAGAGCUGCCUUUCACCAUUGGAGGGUCUGGCUCGUCUUAUCUAUAUGGUUUCUUUGAUCAAGAAUGGAGGGAAGGGAUGACUCGAGAAGAAGCUGAGCAAUUAGUUGUGAAGGCAGUCUCUCUUGCCAUUGCUCGUGAUGGUGCCAGUGGUGGUGUUAUCCGGACUGUGACCAUUAACAAAGACGGAGCUACUAGAAAGUUCUACCCAGGCGACAGCCAUCCUCUGUGGCACGAAGAACUUGCGCCCCAGUAUUCUUUGUUGGAUUCUAUGCCGGCUGCCAGUCCUAUGAUCAGCUAG